GCCGCCCCGCGCCCCGCCUCGGCUCCGCGCUCUGCAGUCGGGCUGGGGCGCCACGCGGGGAACCCCGCGCGUCCUCCUCCGGGCCACCCUGGUCCCCACCCCAGGCCGGCGGAGAGCUAGGUCCCCGGGCAGUGCCCUCGGCAGCCAUGCCGCAGGCCUCGGCCGUGUCCGCGCCGCUGUGCUCCCUCCUCCUCCUGGCCCUGAGCCCGGGGCUGGCUGGAACCCUCAGCCCCAAUGACCCCAACACCUGCACCUUCUGGGAGAGCUUCACCACCAGCACCAAGGAGGCCCACUCCCGCCCCUUCAGCCUGCUGCCCCCGGAGCCCUGCGACCGGCCCUGGGAGAACCCCGACACCUGCCCCCGGCCCACGGUGGUCUACAAGACCGUGUACCGCCAGGUGGUGAAGACGGACCACCGAAGGCGCCUGCAGUGCUGCCAAGGCUUCUACGACAUCAGCGGCGUCUGCGUCCCACUUUGCGCCAACGAGUGUAUCCAUGGCCGCUGCGUGGCGCCCGGCCACUGCCAGUGUGCACAAGCCUGGCGAGGUGACGACUGCUCCAGCGCAUGUGCCCCAGGAGUGUGGGGACCGCAGUGUGACAAGCCCUGCAGCUGUGGCAAUGGUAGCUCCUGUGACCCCAAGAGUGGGGAGUGCUCCUGCCCCCCUGGCCUGCAGCCCCCGCACUGCCUGAAGCCCUGCUCCCCUGGCCGCUACGGCCCUGCCUGCCAGUUCAGCUGCCACUGCCACGGGGCCCCCUGCGACCCCCGGACUGGAGCCUGCUUCUGCCCCCCAGAGAGAACGGGGCCCAGCUGCGAGGUGGCCUGCCACCAGGGCACUGCCGGCACCCUCUGCCCCAUCACCUCUCCUUGCCACAACGGGGGUGUCUUCCUGGCUGCCCAGAAUUCUUGCAGCUGCCCACCUGGCUGGAUGGGCACCAUCUGCUCCCUGCCCUGUCCGGAGGGCUUCCAUGGACCCAACUGCUCACAGGAAUGUCGCUGUCACAACGGUGGCCUCUGCGACCCAUUCACUGGGCAGUGUCACUGUAACGGCGCGUGUCUGUGCGAACAAGGCUUCGGCGGGGACCGCUGCGCCGAGCGCCUCUGCCCCGACGGCUUCUACGGCCUCGACUGCCAGGCGCUCUGCGCCUGCGACCCGGCGCACAGCCUCAGGUGUUUUUUUAUGAGCGGCGAGUGCUCCUGCCGGCCGGGCUGGGCCGGCCUCCACUGCAACGAGACCUGCCCGCACGACACGCACGGGCCCGGCUGCCAGGAGCACUCCCCGCCCCCGCCAGCUCAGAGCCUGGCACAGCCGAUGCACAAUGUGCGCUGGCUCAGGAUGGGAGCCGGUCCCGUGCCUACUUGCAAGGUCCCUCUUCCAGGUUGGCAGCGUGGUAACUGCUCUGUGCCUUGCCCGCCUGGAACCUGGGGCUUCGGCUGCAAUGCCAGCUGCCAGUGCGCCCACGAAGCAGCCUGCAGCCCCCAAACCGGAGCCUGUACCUGCACCCCUGGGUGGUACGGGGCCCACUGCCAGCUCCCCUGCCCGAAGGGACAGUUUGGUGACGGCUGUGCCAGUCGCUGUGACUGCGACCACGCUGAUGGCUGUGACCCUGUUCAUGGACGUUGCCAGUGCCAGCCUGGCUGGAUGGGUACCCGCUGCCACCUGCCCUGCCCUCAGGGCUUCUGGGGAGCCAACUGUAGCAACACCUGCACCUGUAAGAAUGGAGGCACUUGCCUCCCUGUGAACGGCAACUGCGUGUGUGCACCCGGCUUCCGCGGCCCCUCCUGUCAGCGAUCCUGUCAGCCUGGCCACUAUGGCAAACGCUGCGUGCCCUGCAAGUGCGCUGACCACUCCUACUGCCACCCCUCGGAUGGGACCUGCCACUGCCUGGCUGGCUGGACCGGCCCCAACUGCUCCCAACCGUGCCAGCCGGGACACUGGGGAGCCAGCUGCGCCCAGCUCUGCCGCUGUCACCACGGCGGGACCUGCCACCCCCAGGAUGGGAGCUGUUUUUGCCCCCCAGGCUGGACCGGACACCUCUGCCUGGAAGGCUGUACUCCAGGGACGUUCGGUGCCAACUGCUCUCAGACAUGCCACUGUGGCUCCGGAGAGAGGUGCCACCCAGAGACCGGGGCCUGCGUGUGUCCCCCCGGGCACAGUGGUGUCCCCUGCAGGAUCGGAAGCCUGGAGCCCUUCACCAUGAUGCCGACCUCUCCAGUGGCUUACAACCCACUGGGGCCGGUGAUCGGCGUUGCGGUGCUGGGGUCCCUGGUGGUGGCCCUCGUGGCGCUGUUCAUCGGCUACCGCCACUGGCAGAAAGGCAAGGAGCACCAACACCUGGCUGUGGCCUACAGCAGCGGGCGCCUGGACGGCUCUGAGUACGUCAUGCCAGAUGUCCCUCCCAGCUACAGUCACUACUACUCCAACCCCAGCUACCACACCCUGUCACAGUGCUCACCUAACCCCCCGCCCCCCAACAAGAUUCCCGGUGGUCAGCUCUUCGCCAGUCUCCAGGCCCCCGAGCGGCCAGGUGGAGCCCAUGGGCGCGAUAACCAUGCCACCCUGCCUGCCGACUGGAAGCACAGCCGGGAGCCCCCUCCAGGGCCUCUGGAUGGGGGCAGCAGCCGCCUGGACCGACGCUACAGCUGUAGCUACAGCAACAGUGACGGCCUGGGCCCCUUCUACGGUAAAGGGCCCAUCUCCGAAGAGGGGCUGGGGGCCAGCAUGGCUUCCCUGAGCAGUGAGAACCCCUACGCCACCAUCCGGGACCUGCCGGGCCUGCCCGGGGGCCCCCGAGAGAGCAGCUACAUGGAGAUGAAGGGCCCCCCUGCAGGUUCCCUCCCCAGGCAGCCUCCUCAGCCCCGGCACAGCCAGAGGCGGCGACACCCCCAGCCACAGAGAGACAGCGGCGCCUAUGAGCAGCCCAGCCCUCUGGGCCCUGACCGAGACUCCGUGGGUUCCCAGCGCCCCCUGCCCCCCGGCCACUACGACUCACCCAAGAACAGCCACAUCCCCGGACACUAUGACUUGCCUCCAGUUCGGCACCCUCCGUCACCCCCACUUCGGCACCAGGACCGCUGAGGGGCCCGGGUGGUGUGCGGAGGCCGGCACACCAAAGUGGGGGACAGAGCUGGCCGUGCCCUGCCAGGAGCAGAGAGGACUGCCAGGCCGUGGACGUGCACGUGACCGUGACCGACAAAGGAAGCGAGUGGAGGGGCGGGGUCCCCGGCUCCACGCUGGGACGCUGGCGGCAGGAAGCCCGUGUCCUUCCCUCCGACCCACCGGCCCCCCAAGCCCCAGGGCCCGUGCACACGAUUGAACGUUGUUGGAUAACUGACUUCAUGCCGACGUCGGAGAUGUGUAUCGGGCACCUCUCCUGUGCACUCCCAGGCUGGGCAGUGUGUGCGUGCCUGUGCCUGUGCCUGUGUGUGUGUGCCUCUGCCUGUGCGUGCCUGUGCUUGUGCGUGCCUGUGUGUGCAUGUGCCUGUGUGUGUGCCUGUGCGUGCCUGUGUGUGUGCCUGUGCGUGCCUGUGUGCGUGUGCCUGUGCGUGCCUGUGUGCGUGUGGGUUCAGAGGGGCCGGGCACGGCCCGUCCUACGGCCCUCACCAUUUAUAGAGGGGCCGCCCCAAACCAGCUAACUCUCGCAACAGCCUCCUAACUGGUCCCCCUGCAUUCUGGUGGUGCCCCCUCCAACCGAGCUGGUCAGGUUGCCCCUCUGGAUAGUCUCCGUGGGUGGCCCACCCUCUUGGGCCCCGGUCACAGGCCUUGGAGCUCUUAAUUAAAGGCUCUGCCGCGGGCCCUUCUCGCCUCUCCAGCCUCACCUUGAACUGUGGCCUCCCAGGGGCUGUACUUCUUGCCUCGGACUUGCCGCAUCUGGAA